AUUUUUAACUUCAAAAUUUUCAGGACGGCAACCUCCUCUCCCUCCAUAAAUACACCAAUCUUUCAGACCUUCACUCUGCAACUCCAAUGGCGACUCCUACUUAUAAAUCAAUCUUCUCUCUCACCAUCUUCACACUCUUCCUCUCAUUCUCCAUUUCCCCAUCAACCCAAUACUCCAUUAACGUCUGGCCAAAACCCACAUUCUUCUCAUGGCUAAAACCAGAAGCCACUCUUCUCUCCCCCAACUUCACCAUCACCUCCCCCUCCCACCCCCAUCUUGCCCCCUCUGUCAACCGUUACCUUCAUCUAAUCACCACAGAGCAUCACCACCCACUCAUUCCCCCUCCUGUAAAUCUCAUCCCCUCAUCUCCUCCCCUCCAAACACUCUCCAUCACCAUUUCCGAUCUCUCCAUUCCACUCCACCACGGUGUCAACGAGUCCUACACUCUCACCAUCCCCUCCGGUAACUCCAUUGCCCAUCUCUCGGCAGCUACUGUCUGGGGCGCCAUGCGAGGGCUCGAGACGUUCUCCCAAGUUGUUUGGGGAAACCCGUCGAGGGUGGCUGCGGGAUUGAGUGUUUGGGAUUCUCCCAUUUUUGGGCACAGAGGGAUUAUGUUGGAUACUUCGAGGAAUUAUUAUGGAGUUGGGGAUAUAUUGAGGGUGAUUGAAGGGAUGAGUUGGAAUAAGAUGAAUGUGUUUCAUUGGCAUAUUACUGAUUCACAUUCGUUUCCGCUUGUGCUGCCGUUGGAGCCUGAGCUUGCUGCAAAAGGCUCUUAUGGGUCCGACAUGAUUUAUUCUCCUGAUGAUGUUUCAAGGAUUGUUGAGUUUGGUUUGGAUCAUGGAGUCAGAGUUCUUCCAGAGAUUGACUCUCCUGGUCACACAGGAUCAUGGGCAGAAGCUUACCCAGAAAUUGUGACAUGUGCAAACAUGUUUUGGUGGCCAGCUGAGAGUGACUGGUCUGAGCGGCUUGCAUCUGAGCCAGGAACUGGCCAUCUCAACCCUUUGAAUCCCAAGACUUAUCAAGUCCUCAAAAACGUGAUCCAUGAUGUAUCCACCUUAUUCCCUGAACCAUUUUACCAUGGAGGAGCUGACGAGAUUAUCCCUUGUUGCUGGAAAGCUGAUCCAACAAUCCGGUCCUUUCUCUCCAAUGGAGGAACCCUGAGUCAGCUACUUGAGAAGUUUGUCAACUCCACACUGCCUUACAUUAUCUCCCUUAACAAGACUGCUGUGUAUUGGGAGGAUGUUUUGCUGGAUGAAAAUGUGAAGGUGGAUUCUUCGUUUCUUCCACGUCAACAUACCAUUUUGCAGACAUGGAACAAUGGCCCUAACAAUACUAAGAGAAUAGUUUCUGCUGGAUACAGAGCAAUUGUAUCUUCUUCUGAUUACUACUACUUGGACUGCGGCCAUGGUGAUUUUCUUGGCAAUAACAGCCAGUAUGAUCUGCCUCCAAGGAGUAAUAACUCGAAAGACGGUGGAUCAUGGUGUGGACCCUUUAAAACCUGGCAAACGAUAUACAAUUAUGAUAUAACGGAUGGGUUGAGUAAAGAGGAAGCUGAGUUGGUAUUGGGUGGGGAAGUGGCUUUGUGGUCUGAGCAGGCAGACCCAACAGUUUUGGAUGCUAGACUUUGGCCAAGAGCUGCUGCAAUGGCGGAGACAUUGUGGUCUGGAAACCGGGAUGAAAAGGGUAUGAAGAGAUAUGCGGAGGCGACUGAUAGGUUGAAUGAAUGGAGGCAUAGAAUGGUGAGUAGAGGGAUUCAGACUGAACCUAUUCAGCCACUUUGGUGUAUAAGGAACCCAGGCAUGUGUAACACUGUUCAUCCAACUGAUACUUAGAACAUCAACUACCUUAAGUCUCCCAACCAAGUUAAAAGACAGAGCAGAGAACACAGGCUUCAAUUCCUGUCAAAAUUGAUUCCAUUGUCACUUUCGAUUUUCAUAUUGCUAUAUA